GUGAACUCUGACAACAGGGCUGAUCGUAUCUUCAGUUGAAUUUCUGACUUCAGAGCGCCAACAACUCAAUUUGUAUAAGUUCUUUUUUUUUCAGUAUAGACAGGACAGAGAACGCUGUUGUGCAUUCACAGUAUGAGGACUGGUCUCUUCCUACUGAUGGUGGUGACAUUUACAGUCACCAUGACAACCGCCAUUGACCUCAACCCCAGCAUGAUCGCGACAGUGACGAGAAUCGUCAACACCCUCGCCAAUGAGGAAGGACAGGUAACCGUUGCUGGUCGUGUCAUCAAAUACAAGGCAAAGGGGCGAGUCCACAGCUUCAAGGAACCAUGGGUGUAUGACGGUACAGCGUGGGACAUAACGAGUGGGAUCAGCGAAAAGGCUAAUCAUUACAAGAGCAAGCAGGGAGCCAUCGAACACGCCAUGUUGAAACUACUCGAGAGACUGAAGAGGGAGGGGAUCAUGAAAGACGAACUCUGAUUGGUCGAUUGGGAAUCGGUUAUUGAUCAUUAACCAAUGAAAGAGUCCGUUAUUGUAAUUUGGGUGCAAUUUGGGUGUUAAUGAGAUUAUUAUCAAGGAAGAAGGUUUGCAUGUAAAUUUUGUGUGAAAUUUGUCUAGACUUUUUUACAUCCUGUCUUUUGUAAUAUGUUAAAAUUGUGGAGUUUGGAUUUUGUCUGAUAAAGUUUUGUUUGAUAAAGUUGAUAAGGGAAUGCGCAAGUUUACUGGACGGCAAAUCUGGUUUAAAUUUUCAGUGUUUUCUUUCUCCAUGUAACAGAGGGAGAAAAGAUUAUGAAAUGUUUCAUUUUAAAAAAUUUAUUUGAUGACAGUUUUGAUACUUUUUUUCAUUCCGUGACAGCCCCUGCUUACAUUUUAGAUUGUAUUUUUGAACUUUUUGAAUUUCUAAAGAUUUGAAAUAAAAAAAAUAAUAAAGAAAUGUAAAUAAUUACCCAA